UUCCUCUGUCAGAACCCAGGCAUCCUGGCCUCCAGCUGAAACCGCUGCAUGUGGCUUCCCCUCUCCCUGGCCCCGUGACUCAGUCCCUCUGAGGGAACCAGCCCUCUUCUUGGCACACAGGGGCUAGGUGAUGACAUCAGAGUUGAGGAGUAUAAAAGUUCUCAACCAAAAUAGAAUUGAAGAUACAACCUGACAGUGGCCUCUCCGCCUGAUAGCCACGGAUAUCUGGGGGCAAACCCUCACUGUGACGAGGCCUACCCACUGGUGAGGGGCUACUGUGGGUCCCGGGAAGAGGGUGCACAGAGAGAAGUCUGAAUUGCCUGAGCGGGAUUUGUACAAAUGCAGACUCCAUGUUGGGCUCUCUUUCCCUUCUGUGGCUGGCAGCCAUGACCACCUCCUUGGUUUCCCAACCUCAGAUCUUGACCCUGGAAGACUACCAGGAAGGGGAAGAGGAUGAUGUGACAGUAGCUACACCUUCCUUAGCUGUCCGUUGCGACUAUGACCGUUGCCGCCACCUGCAGGUGUCCUGCCAGGAGCUGCAGAAGGUUGGGCCAGUAGCCUGCCUGUGCCCAGGGCUCUCCAGGGAAGAUCAACAGCCAGAGCCUCCUCGCCUGGGAGAAGUGCAAAUAAUGGCUGAAGAAGGCUACGCAGUGGUUCACUGGUGUGCUCCCUUCUCUCCAGUCAGCCACUACUGGCUUCUGCUUUGGGAAAGCAACGGGGCUCCACAGAAGAGUGCCCCUCUCAAUGCUACAGUUCGAAGAGCAGAGCUGAAGGGACUAAAGCCUGGGGUUGCUUAUGUCCUUUGCGUGGUGGCUGCUAAUGACGCAGGUGAGAGCAAUGUUCCUGGGGCAGAAGUCGAGGGUCCUGAGAACUGGACUGGCCCUUCCUUUGGGCCCUGUCGCAAGUUUAUCAUGCCGCCUAAGCCUGUUACCCUGGUCUAUGCAGCCGUGGGAGUGGGCACAGCCUUAGCUCUGCUGAGCUGUGCAGCCCUGGUUUGGCAUUUCUGCCUUCGUGAGCGAUGGGGUUGCCCCCGACGUCAAGGUAUGGCCCAAGCGUCAGAAGCUCUCUGACAGGAGUCCCCUCGACUACAAACAACUCAUCUGGAGAGCCCAACCCACUCCCAGGAGGAGUGUGGGGCUUGUUGCCACCUGGCAACCAGAGGCACAGCCAAGCCAGAGCGGAAGCCCAGGCAAUUAGCCUCAGCACUGAGGGCUUGGUUAGUCCCUAACUGGUCACUAUGUUCCUUCCCUGUUGGGGGUUAGAAAAAGUAGCAAUUAUUCCUUGGAGGUCUGAUGAAAAUGAUUUAAGCUUUAUGGGUUUGAAGGGGUAAAAUUACAGACAUUAUACAUGAACUUAUAUAUAGCCAGUUAAAAUGGAGCUAUUUAAAGGCCUGGCAUGGUGGUUUACAAUUUUAGUCUCCAGCACCCUGGAAGCAGAGGCAGGCGGAUCUGAGUUUCCAAAGCAGCCUGAUCUACAUAGAAAGAUUCCAGGCCAACCCAGAUAAUAUAGUGAGACCCUGUCUCAAAAAGAGUAAAACAGAAGCAAAACAAACAAAAGGUGGGGCGGGAUAGAGAGAUUGUUCAGCAGUUAAGAAUACUGGCUAUUUUUCCAGAGGACAGAAUUUUAUUCCUAGCAUCCACAUGGCAGCUCACAACCAUCUGUAAUUCCAUUUCCAGGAGAUCCAGUGUCUAAUUCUGACCUCUGCCAGCAUCAGGCACAUACAUACGCACACAUACAUACAUACAUACAUACAUACACACACACACACACACACACACACACACAGAGAGAGACAAAACACUCAUACACAUAAAAUAAAAAUUAAUUUGAAGUGUAGCUGUUUAAAAAUGUAAACUGUUCAUAGCUCAUAGGUCUCUCACAGCAAGCAGCAGACUACAUUUGGCCUGUUGGCUGAUUUGCCAACACCUAUCAUUCUCAAAGGGACUUUGUGACUGUCGGUGGCUUCCCUGCAUAUUUUGAGAAUAAGCUGAGUUUUGCCAACACCUGUUAUUCUGAAAAGGACUCUGCGACUGUGGGUGGCUUCCACGCAUAUUUUGAGAAUAAGCAGGGUAGAUGUGGAGACUGGAGCUCUGUCUUUCUGCUACUUGUUGUUUCCUUCCUAAGGAUGAUCCUGCUCAGACUCCACCUGGGGCUAUGGAAGCUGGGGAUUAAAAAUCAGCAUGGGCUGGAGGAGACAGGGCCCAAGCUUCUGGCUACAUAAGUUAGUGGUCUUGUUUGUUUUGGGGGUUUUUGUUUGUUUGUUUUUUCAAGACAGGGUUUCUCUGUGUAGCUCUGGCUGUCCUGGAACUCACUUUGUAGACCAGGCUGGCCUCGAACUCAGAAAUCCGCCUGCCUCUGCCUCCCAAGUGCUGGGAUUAAAGGCAUGCGCCACCACCGCCCAGCAGUGGUUUUAUUUGUAACUAACAGUUUAUACCAAUGACUCCCCACAACUUUGUGUAAUUGUUUUUCCACUGUAUUAACAUUAAAGGGAAUCUAAAAUCAUUACAUUUUCAGUUUCAUGAUCUUGUUUAAUUCCAUAUAGAUUUUUUUCAUUAUGACUUAGACUUUUGGCCAAGAUUAAAGGUAUGACUAUUUUUCAA